CACUGUUACAGGUGUCGACCCCACUAUGCAAUCAGAUACCGAGAAGACCCGGAUACGGCCCAAGAAGCCAGACAUGGCCCUGUAUGUUCCCAGAGCACUGCGUGAAAUUGCAAUCUCAAAACCCAGCACCUUGUUGACCACCAGAUGUGACGGAGGGGCGAGUCAUUGUCCACCCAGGAAGGAGAUCAUUAAAGAACCUAAAGCAAGGCCAAGUUCCAAAGCUGGGAGAGGCUCGCUUCAUAGAGAGCAGCGAGGAGUCCUCUCUCCCCAGGAAGAUGAAAGAACUACACCCAGAGACUGUAACCAUGUAUUCAACCAAAGCAUUUCAAGUCCAAAGAUACAGUACAGAGUGCAGCCACAGCCCCUACGUAAGCCCAAAAGGUUGCCUUUCCCUGGGUUCCUGGACCCGGCUCCAGCAUCACUGCCAAACACUGAAGUAGAGGCAUCUCUAGAGGACACCACUGUGCCCCCCACCAUCUUACUGGGGAGAAUGGCCAGCCUUCAAAUCCAGCAAGGUUUAACUAGUGUGGACUGCAGCAGGGAAGAAGAGCAGAUGUUUCCAUCAGCCAGGCAAGGGGCUUGCAGCACUGAGAUGGGCAAGCAGGCAGGAACAUUCUUCCUAGACCAGGUAGGGCAGAGUGAGCAUGUGCUGCAGUGUGCUAGUGAGAGGCUCUCAGAUCAGACAGAGAUGAGUGAAGAGAAUAUGCUGGCCAGGAAGGUGAAACAGCUGAGCAAAUGUGAUUUGGGACUAACUGGGGAAGGUGGGGAAGACACGUUUGGAAGCUCAGGCAGAGCAACCACAGGCAGCAGAGAGGCACAUCAGGAUAGUUCAUCAAAGUGUUCAGGUGAGAGAGUAUCUGAUGGAGCAGGCAGCGAUAAUAGCAUUUUAGGGCACAUUAACAAUACACCUAGCACAUGUGAAUGCAUAGGCAGCUGUGCUCAGAUAGAGGUGAAUGACAGUAGCAUGUUGGAAUGUGCUCCUGAGAGCAGCCCAGAUGAAUUAGGCCCAAAGGAAGUGAGUGUGGCUGAGGAGGCAAGUGGGAGCAUUCUGGCUCAAGCAGGAGUGAGUGAGUAUAGCACCCUACAGCAUGAAGAGAAAAGCACGAGUGGAAUAUGCAGUCAUGCAGCUGAAUAUGUGUCUGAUCAAAGCAUGGCUAAUGUACCUCAGGGCGUGGGUGACAGCAUCUUCGCCCAAACAGCAACAAGUAGCCUAGCAGUGAAUGCAGUCGAGCAACUCUCGGGUUGCUCAGAGGUGGCUGCAGGCUGUAACUGCUUAGAUGAGCCCUGUGGGAGGCUGGAUGAUCUGGCCAGUUGCACCGUCAAGGAGGGCGAACUGGGGCAGGUGUGUGGCCAUGAGAAGGGGGAUGGCUUCUCUCACCACACCCAUCAGUGCAAACCUUCUGAAUCUGAGGCUUCACUGACAGUAGGAGAGGGCAUAUUUUCUUUAGGAGUUCAAAAUUUGAAUGGGAAGCAAAAUCCUGAGGCAGGGGCUGCCAGUUGCUUACAGGAAUGUACCCCUAAGGAGAUGAUAUGCUUGCCAGCUGCAGAGGAUCCCAGGAGCACUCUGGACCAAGCAGAAGCUCCCUGGGGUGGGACCUUAUUGAAAGAUCCAGUCCAGAGAAAUGUGGACAUGAGGUUGCGGCAUCCAUCUGGAGACAGGGCGGAAGGGGAAGCCGAACCAAGUGUGCCAUCCGGCUGGGAGGAGCCCACUAGAACCAGUGUUGGUCCUGCAGGCCUCAGUGAGGAGGGCAGCAUGACAAAUGAGAGCUGGGAUUCUCUCUUCAAUGAUGAUGGUGAUUGCCUGGAUCCACGGUUGCUGGAGGGGCUGUCUGGCCAUGCCUCACCUCCCUCAGGAUUUCAGGAGCCACGCUUUGACUACUACCGCCACUCUCCAGCUGAUCUGGACCUGAGCGAGUCCAAAUAUCCACACGUCAUUGAGAUCUAUGACUUCCCACCAGAAUUCCGCACAGAAGACCUGCUGCGUGUUUUCUGCAGUUACCAGAAGAAAGGCUUUGACAUUAAAUGGGUUGAUGACACGCAUGCACUGGGUAUCUUCUCCAGCCCCUUUGCAGCUCAAGAUGCUCUCAGCACCAAGCACCUGAUAGCGAAAACCCGUCCACUAUCACAGGCCACUAGAGCUGCGAAGUCCAAGGCCCGGUCCUAUGCUGAAUUCCUGCAGCCAGCCAAAGAACGCCCUGAGACUUCAGCUGCUCUGGCCAGGAGGCUGGUGACAGGAGCCCUUGGUGUGCGGAGCAAGCAGAGCAAGGCAGAACGUGAAGCCGAGCGCCAGCAGUUACAGGCAGCCCGAGAGCGGAAGCGGCUGGAGGCCAAGCAGAGGGAAGAUGCUUGGGAAGGCCGUGAGUGAACUAACACGACGGUGAGGUGCAGAUGCAUGACCAGAGGUUACCCUCAGUGGUGCCGGAUUGGAUCUCCAGAUGGUCUGGGUCCUUCAACAGCAGAGAAUUUCUGCCAUUCCCUUUGGGAUGAGCAGCAAGGUGUAUGUCCUUGCUCACAGCCAAAAUGUGCUUUAGCAGGAAUGUGUGGCCUCAAGCAAAGAUCCCUCUAGGAUGUUUCUGUGGCCCCUGGCUAGUGGGGUUGGAGUGCUUCAGAUUGCUUCAACGUGAGUUUCCAUGUGGACAGCAGGCCCAAAGACCUGUGGCUUACCGAAGAGGUUGUGCGUUACAAAGCGCAAGUGCUGGAGCCUUCCUGGAUGCUGUGCCUGCCCACACUGUGAGCAUCGUAUGGAGUUUUCUGAGACUGUGCUGACUGAGUUGUGGCAGCUGUUUGAACAGACCAGCAAUAAUAGCUAAACGUUCAUUGUUGAAUUUUGCUAUUAAAGUACCUUUAUUUUACA